AGGUGGGCCGCUUUCUUUAGUAACUUGAGCUACGGACACUGGCGACAUCUGGAGGAGAAUUUAAGACAUGAACACCUAUCUUUGGGGUUGAGUGUGUUUGGAGUUGUGGCCAGGCGGAGGUAGCAGACGGUGUGCGUGUGCCCGCGUCUCGUACAACCCUUCGGCGUCACCAGGCAGUGUUUAAAGUGCGUGUGUGUGCCUGACCUGAGUGUCCUCACAUAAACAUGUCUUCCAAGGCACUUGUCUCCUCCAGCACGACCAAGGUGUCAGCCUCCAGCUCGAGGACUCAAGUGAUCUCCUCCUCUGUUUCGUCGAAAAAAGUGUCCUCCAAGACGUACUCUUACCGUGCUGGAGCCGCUCCCGACGACAGCAAUGUUACCAUUGAGUACAUCACAGAUGUCAGCAAUAUCUCCCGCUUGGAGGACAAGAUCCGUCUGCUUAUGGAAGACAUAGAGUACGAGAGGGAACUCAGGCAAAGGGUUGAACGAGAGAAGGCUGAUCUCAGUGUUCAGGUGAUCCAGCUCUCAGAACGAAUUGAAGAGGUCGAAGCCGGCGCCGAUGGACAGAUCGAAAUCAACAAGAAGAGAGACGCGGAGCUGGCUAAGCUGCGCAAGCUGUUGGAGGACGUGCACCUGGAGAGUGAGCAGACCCACCACAUGCUGAAGAAGAAACACCAGGAGGCUGUCGUUGACUUCCAAGACCAGAUCGACAUCCUGACCAAGGUUAAAGUAAAGGUGGAGAAGGAAAAGGCAAAGUUCCAGCAGGAAGUCUUUGAGCUGACGGAGCACCUGGAGAAGUCGACGCUGGAGGCCGCUGGCUACCACAAGACCAUUAAGAGCCUCAACAUCACCAUCCAAGAACUCAACGUCAGGAUUGAGGAGCUCAACCGCACCAUCGUCGAUAUUACCUCCUCCAAGCAGCGCCUCAGUGUGGAGAACGUCGAGCUCAGCAAGUCAGUGCAAGACUUGAAGGUGAAGAUAGAAGAGGUGAACUAUACUCUGAGGACCAGCGGCAACACUCUCGAAGAGUACAAGAGGAAGUUCGAUGCUGAGGAAGCUCGUCGACGUAAGCUUGAGAGUGAGAUCAACUCACUCACUAAUGAACUCAACGCACUCAAGCGCUCAUACGAAGAGGAGUCGGAGCUCCGCAUCGACAUCGAGCGCAGGUUGAGCAGCGAAUCUGCGCUCGUCCUCCAAUACAAGAGCAAGUACGAGCUGGAGUGCCGCGUACACAUCGAAGACGUCGAGGAGAUCAAGAAGAAGACGCAAGUAAGGAUCGUAGAACUGGAAGAACAUAUCACCAGCCUGAACCAGAAGGUCAACGCCCUUGAGAAACAGAAGAGUCGCCUCUCACAGGAGAUCGAAAUCAUGAUUCUCGACCUCGAGAAGGCCAACGCCAACCACCGCGAGGUCAAGACGCGACUGGAGACGGUGGACCGCGAAUACAAGAGUCUACUGGUCAAGUACGAGGAGCUGAACAUGUUGUACGAGCAGACUAGUAGAGACCUGAAGGUGCGUGUGGCUGAGUACAACAAGGUCGCCAACGAGCUGGAACACAGCAAAGAACUCUACGAGAAGAUCUCAGUUGACUUCAAGAAGAUCAGUGCUGAGAAUGGUGACCUGAAGGGUUCAGUGGGUGACCUGAGCCGCCUCAAGCACGACCUUGAGCUGGAGAUCCGUCGCUUGGAGGCCGAGAGGAACGAACUGGCCAACGCUCUUCACGAGGCCGACACUGCACGUAAGGAAGAGGAACACCGCUUCAUUAAGAUUAGCAACGAGUACCAGAGCUACAGAAUAGAGAUUGAGAAGAGACUACACAUCCGUGAGGAGGAGCUGGAGUCUGUACGCAAGCAGAUGGCCAUCGAGGUGGACAACCUGAACGCCCGAGUGGUGGAAGCUGAGACUCGACUCAAGUCCGAAGUGACCAAGAUCAAGAAGAAGAUGCAGGUCACCAUCACUGAACUGGAGAUGAGUCUCGACACGACCAACAAGUCCAACAUCGACCUCCAGAAGACCGUCAAGAGGCAAGCCAUCUCCCUCCAGGAGUUGCAGGCGCACUACGACGAGUUGCAACGCCAGCUGCAGCAGACACUGGACCAGUACGGUGUUGCACAGCGUCGCAUCCAGUCACUUACUGCUGAGUACGAGGAAGCCAGAGCCAACAUUGAUGCCGCCAUCCGUGCUCGCCGCUCUGCUGAGCUGCAGUACGAGGAAGCUUCAGCACGCCUCAAGGAUCUUACCACUAUCAAUGUCAACAUUAGCAACGCCAAGGCCAAGCUGGAACAGGAACUGUGUGUUAUUGCUGGGGACUACGACGAAAUCAGCAAGGAACUCAGGCUGAGUGAGGAGAGACUCAGCAAGACGACCAUCGAGCUGAAGCGAACCAUCGAACUGCUGCACGAAGAACAGGAGCGCUACGUCAAGAUCGAGUCCAUCAAGAAGUCUCUAGAGGUCGAAGUCAAGAACCUCACUAUCCGCAUCGAGAACGUUGAAGCCAACGCCCUCGCCAGCACCAAGAGGAUGGUGUCUAAGCUCGAAGCAAGGGUACAUGACUUGGAGUUGAGCUUGGACGAGGAACAACGCCGCCACCAGGAGACCAUCAAGAUCCUGAGGAAGAAGGAGCGCAACGUGAAGGAGCUGGUGCUCCAGUGUGAGGAGGACCACAAGAACAUCCAGAUCCUGCAGGAGACCCUCGACAAGACCUACGAGAAGAUUAACAUCUACAAGCGCCAGCUCAACGAGCAGGAGUCUGUGUCGUCAACCAACCUGACUCGCGUGCGCAGGUUCCAGCGCGAGCUGGAGGCUGCCGAAGAACGCGCGGAGACAGCUGAGAGCAACCUUUCGAUGAUCCGCGCAAAACAUCGCACCUUUGUCACCUGCCAGACGACGCAGCUGCCCAGUGGAGAGACGGUGGUAGUGAAGGAAACUGUCACACAGCAGUAGAUGGGACGCACUCCGUCAGGCAGCAGUAGAUGGGAUGAGCUACACUCCAUCACAGCAGUAGAUGGGAUGGGCUCUACCCCAUCACUCCCCUCCCUCCUCCUUCCUUCCCUUUCCCAACUUCAAUCAAAUAUGUCUACUUUCAUAAUCGUGAUAGACAUUGUUAGUAUCUCUCUGUCUUAGAGAUGUUCUUUUUUUUUAAUUUAAGAUUCUCUUUAAUGUUAAAAUUACUACCACUACUAACUUUUAAAAAAAAAUAAGACGUGGUCAGGACGCAAUGUCCGCCAUUCUUGUUAUUUUAAAACGCAUGUAAUACACACUGAGACAAUUUAUGUAAUUCUGUAAAUAAUUGGUUACAAUAAACGAUCUCUCAGAGCAGAGCGUGUGAGUACCGUCGAAAAAAAUAUAGGUUCGUUGUAAGGUGUCCAGCGACCCGUGUUGAGCUGUGGGCAGCAAUUUUGGGUUGUGUUAGAGAGUUUCUUGUAGAGCUCUGGGACAGCUCACUCGCCCUGGUUUAGUUGGGAUAUCUUUUAAAAAUAUUGUUGAACUGCUAUGGUAGGUGUUAUAACCAUGUGAGGUCAUUCGGCGAGCCUCCGUCUGCUGCCGUGGCGUUUCUCAUAGUCCAGAACUCGUGCGAGACACUUCUUUUUAGCAUUACCGGAGUUGCUGGCUGCGUUGACUUGAGGGUACGUCGAUGACUCUCGUAGUGUGAGCCUUGUCUGUGUACAAUGAAACACUACGAGGGGAAGACCAACCCUGGAGGUAAUGUAGCUUGGUGGGCUGGGACACUUACGUCACUGACUCAUAACUUACCCACACUAGCCCACACACCAGGGGCCUCCACAGCCCACAGGCUGGGGUCUCAAGGGGCUGUGGCGGCCCCUACGCUGUGUUCCACACCAACACCGUUACACCCACAAACGAUAAUCUGAAGCGACUUGCUAGAACGAAACUGCUGCUAUGACUUACGAAUGGCUAGUGGUGGGUGUAGAUGUCAGUGUCUGAGGUGUAGUGUGGCUGGGACAGCACUCUAAAGUGCCCACACUAGCCACCCUCAACACUCGUCGCUAGAUCACACUCGCUCUCAAGAAAAUUACCAAGAAUACAACCAAAACAACAUUUUGGAUCGUAAGUGAAUACACAGGUACUGGAUAGUGUCACCACAAGGCAAAGUGUACCUCCAAAGGGUCUCCUAACACUAAAGCGAAGCGGGUCCAACUGCUUCAUUUGUAGUACAGCUGCAUACACAAUUACUGUAUAAUUUUUUUUUUUUUGCAGGCCAACCGUCCGAUAAACGAUGUAGACGAGUGUUAUGUUUGUAAUGUGCUGCGUUAUCAGACUUCGGUGUUUAUGUAUAAGUUCGAAAAUUUACCGUUCAAUGGGAGAUUUUCAGCCACGACUGACUGCUACAUGUCUACGCCGCACGAUGUUUCUCUCAAUGCUUCUGCCACCACCCUUUUUCUUCGCACGUUUUUCUCAGUAAAUCGGAUUCAGUACAUACGUAUUAAUUUCAAUUCCAGUAUUUAUUCAUAGUGACAGACUUUCCAAUAAGGUCUUUAGACUUUUUUUUAAGCCUUACCUGCCUUUCAGAAAGUCUUCAAGCCUUUUUCCUUAGCCUUAUCUACCUUUCCAAAAGUCUUCAACCUUUUUCAAAGCCUCACAUUUCCAAAAGCCUUUAGCCUUUUUCUUAACCUUCAAUUAUCGCCACUAAAUAAGCUUCGUUACGUGUGUAACUCAAACAAUUUAACAACAGGUUAAAAUAGAGGAAAAAAAAAAUAAAAAAAUGAAACGAUGUAUGACUAAUGGUUUUAAUUCACCGGGAUUUGUCGAAAAGUGAAAAUAUAAAUUGCUAUAAACACCGAGAGGCGUGUUCCGUGUAGUGGUGAGCAAAGAGCCGCCCCGUAGAGUACAACAACGGUGGAGUCUUACCGUGUUGUCUGUCUUCCAAGACGCACAUACGCUUCUUCAAGACAACGCUCUCUUGAAGACACGGCUUAAAGAGAAGACAUCGGCUUUUGAAGCCAUCUUCAACUGAAGAUAGUGGUUUUUUAAGCCGUCUUUAUCGGAAGAAAGCGGUUUUUAAGCAUUUUCAAAAGAAGAUAGCGGUUUUUAAGCCGUCUUCAAGAGAAGAUAGCGGUUUUUAAACCGGCUUCAUGAGAAGAUAGCGUAUUGCAGUAUCUCUCCACUCCCAGAGGGCUCUAGACUGUAUUAAAACAUGACAUGCUUCCUGGGGGUACACAGGCUAUCGUGCACGCGUUACCUUGCUUCCUGGGGUACACAGGCUAUCGUGCACGCGUUACCUUGCUUCCUGGGGGUACACAGGCUAUCGUGAAAACGUUACCUUGCUUCCUGGGGGUACACAGGCUAUCGUGCAAACGUUACCUUGCUUCCUGGGGGUACACAGGCUAUCGUGCACAUGUUUUUAUUUGUCUAUUGUAAGGCGUCUCAUGAUCCUGGGGGUCAACCAAAAAAAAAAAAUGGAAUCAAUAAAAGAGGUCAGUCUU